GGAAGAUGGGGGGCAGUUUAUUUACCAGCAAAGAGGCUGUGUAAGUUAAGAGGGAAGCCGCUUCGUGUGUCUCCCUCUUCACUUUCACCGACCCCCUCCUACUCCGCUGGCAGAAAUUUAUAAAGAACAAAAAAUCCGACGAGGGAGGGGGGUUGAUAUACGCCGAGGCUGAAAUCGAGAGGCGAACCCAGGGAAAGAGGAGUAAUUUGCACACGGGACUUUCCCCCUCUUAGUCCCCCAAAAGGAGGGGGGAAAGUCGCAAUAUUGGAGACGAAAAGGACCGAGCUUCUAAGGGCGUGAAAACGUCCGCAAUUGUGGAUACUUUAUAUAUUUUUAUUUCGACAAAAAUAUGGCCGAGAACGUUCUGGACUCUGGCCCGCCUUCAGCCAAGAGGCCUAAACUCUCGUCUCCGGCACUUUCCGCCUCCGCCAGCGAUGGAAACGAUUUCGGCUCACUGUUUGACUUGGAGCAUGAUCUUCCUGACGAGCUUAUCAGCUCUAAUGAAUCAGGCCUGGUUAAUGGUGGGGACCUCAGCCAGUUGCACAAUACUCUGGGAGGAGGACCUGCUGGGCUGGGUCCUGGUGGAGGAAUGGGACUGGGACUUGGCGGAGGCCAGGAUGCGGUGGCCAAGCACAAACAACUGUCAGAGCUUUUGCGUUCAGGGGCGCCCACCUCGACCCAACAAGGGCACCAAGGAGUCAUGGGCGGCCCAGGAGGCCCCAGCGCCAUGGGGCAACACUUGGCAAACAUGAAGGCAUCGCCUGGCCAGGGUCCUCCGCAGAUGAUGGGCCAGGGGCAGCAGCAGCACCUCUCUCCUCAGCAGCAGGCCAACAUGAUGCAGCAGCAACAGAACGCUGCAGCUGGAAUGAUGGGUGGCAUGAACAGGGCCAUGAUGGGAGCGCAGCAGAAAGGCAAUAAUGGACAGCAGCAGCCAGGCAUGCUCGGGAGCCAGGUGAUGAACGGCUCCCCCAGGAUGAGCUUUGGGAAUCAGGGGAUGGGUGGCAACAGCAACCUGUUGGCGGAGACCCUUCAGCAGCAGGGAGCUGGGGGCCAGGCCGGGAUGAGAGGCCAGCAACCGGGAGCAAUGAACAAGAUGGGGAUGAUGGGGAACCCAGGAGGCCCGUUUGGUGGUCCAUAUGCAGGGCAGGGGAAUCAAGGUCUGGGAGGCGCAGGGCUGGGCCCUCAGCUCCAGAACAAAGGUCCUCUGGGCAACAGCCUGGCCAAGUUCAACGUGGACAAGAAGAACCAGCCCAUGCAAGGAAUGGCCGCCAUGGGCUCCCAGCAAUCACAGACAGGUGUGGGCGGCCCCUCCAGCGCACCUGUGGGUGGAGCCCCGGGGAUGCUGCCCAACGCCCAGGCGGGUCUGGUCGGUCCCGGCGCCCAGGUUUCGACAGCGUCCGCCGCCGCCGGGGCCCCGCCCACGGCCCCGCCCACGGCCCCGCCCACGGCGUCGCCCACGGCGCCGCCCACGGCCGACCCCGAGAAGCGCAAGCUGAUCCAGCAGCAGCUGGUCCUCCUGCUCCACGCACACAAGUGCCAGCGGCGGGAGCAGGCCAACGGGGAGGUCCGGCAGUGCAAUCUGCCCCACUGCCGCACGAUGAAGAACGUCCUCAACCACAUGACCCACUGCCAGGCUGGCAAGUCCUGUCAGGUUCCUCAUUGUGCAUCAUCGAGGCAGAUCAUCUCCCAUUGGAAGAACUGCACGCGGCACGAUUGUCCCGUCUGCCUGCCGCUGAAGAACGCUGGAGACAAGAGGAACCCGCAGUCUCUACUCGGUGCUGCCGCUGCAGGUCUGGGCAGCUCUCUCGGGGCAGUACCCGGUGGCCCGCCAAGUACUCCCAACCUCAACCCGCCGAGCCAGAUCGACCCCAGCUCCAUAGAGCGAGCCUACGCGGCCCUGGGCCUCACCUACCAGGGCAACCAGAUCCAGGCUCCCAGCGCCCAGCCCAAUAUGUCCAACCAAGGUUUGCAAGGCCCGGCUGGCAUGAGGCCUCUGAACCCAAUGGGUGCGAAUCCUAUGGGAGUCAAUGGAGGUCUGGGGGCGUCCCCUCAGAGCCAGCAAGCCAGCCUGCUGCAGGACACCAUGAUGCACCUCAACGUGAACAGCCAAGGUCUAUUGAAUGAUGCCAGUGGGGUCGGGUCCAUGCCCACAGCCGGCCCUCCCUCUUCCUCCGGCAUGAGAAAAAGCUGGCACGAGGACAUCACGCAGGACCUCCGGAACCACCUGGUUCACAAACUUGUUCAGGCCAUCUUUCCGACACCGGAUCCCGCCGCUCUCAAGGACCGCCGAAUGGAGAACCUGGUGGCCUACGCCAGAAAGGUGGAGGGCGACAUGUACGAGUCGGCCAACAGUCGAGCUGAGUACUACCACCUGCUCGCGGAGAAGAUCUAUAAGAUUCAGAAGGAGUUGGAGGAGAAGAGGAGGACCCGGCUCCAGAAGCAGGGUCUGGGCCUCGGUCCUGCUGGCAUGGGCCAGCCCCCCACCGGACUGCCUCCAAACGGUCCCCUCCCUGACCUGUCAAUGGUGCGACCCGCUGGACCAAAUCAGAUGGUCAACAGGAUGCAGGGCCCAGGUAUGAAUCAGUUCAAUCAGAUGGGGAUGCAGUCGAUGGGCCAGAGGUCCACGCCUCCUCUCCCCAUUGGAGCCUCUGGGAACCAGAUGGCAAUGGUCGCUCCCAGGAUGGGGCAGCCGAACGUCAACCAGUUGCAGAACCAGUAUCUGUCCCAGGGACAGUUUCCUGGCUCGGGGCCAGGAGUCGGGACCCCUCAGCCUGGGAUGGCCCAACCUGGAGCGCAGGCGGGCAUGGCACAGACGCAGAUGGGCACUCCUCCCUCUCUUCCAGUUGCGAGUCCUCUAGCACAGCCGGGUUCUGCCGGUGGGCCCAGCGGCGUCUCCUCGGUGGGGCCCAUGGGUCCUCAGAGCGUGGGGAGCGGAGGUCCCAACUCGGCCGUCGGAGCCCCCGCCUCCUCGAUGACUCCGCCCAACUCGAGCCAGCUACCCAACUCCAUCCCCCACAUGCGUGGCUCGCCCUCCCCCGCUCACAGUCGAUCGCCCACUCCUCACCAAACCCCCCCCAGACUCGCCGGGUCCAAGACCCCGCAGCCGCACACCCCUAAUGCAUCGCAGCUGGGUCCACCUUCAGCCUCCCAGCAGAACCAGCUUGGCCAGGGCCCCGGCUCCAACAAGCCCCUCCAGCAGCAGCACAUGGGGUCCUCUGGUUCGACCACUCCAUCUCACCCCGGGUUGGCUUCCGGUUCCACGCCGCAUGGCGCUCAGCUGCCACGCACGCCGUUGUCCCAAAAGGGUUCGUUUCCAACCGACAGUCAGGCCCAUACUCCAGCCUCUGUGAGCAGCCUGGACACUUCCUCCCAGCAGCCGCAGUCCAACGCUUCAACCACCAACCUCGACCCCAAGACGGAGGUCAAGCAGCAGGACGAGGAGGACGAGAGCGACACCGGCAGCUGCUCCAAGGGGGGGAAGCUCAUCAACCUCAAAACGGAGGAGAAGCCGGUGAAACUCGAGGUCAAAAAGGAAGAGUGCUCCGGAGAGGGAGGCAAAGGUGUUCCCAUGGAUACAUCGACGACGAUGCCGUCGACGGCGAUGGCGAGCAUCAAGAUGGAAGACAGGAAACCGGAGGUGAAGAAGGAGGUGAAGGAGGAAGACGAUUCGUCUGACUCUGCUUCCUCGCAGGCCCCGGUGAAGAAGAAGAUCUUCAAGCCAGAGGAGCUCCGUCAGGCCUUGAUGCCCACACUCGAGUCUCUCUACAGACAAGAUCCAGAGUCUCUGCCCUUCAGGAUGCCCGUGGACCCUCAACUGCUGUGCAUACCGGACUACUUUGAUAUCGUGAAGAACCCCAUGGACCUGUCGACAAUCAAACGAAAGCUGGACACAGGUCAGUACCAGGAGCCCUGGCAGUACGUGGACGACAUCUGGCUGAUGUUCAACAACGCCUGGCUGUACAACCGCAAAACAUCCAGGGUCUACAAGUACUGCGCCAAGCUGGCGGAGGUUUUCGAGCAGGAGAUCGACCCCGUCAUGCAGAGCCUCGGCUACUGCUGCGGGAGGAAGCUGGAGUUCUCUCCUCAGACGCUGUGCUGCUACGGGAAGCAGCUGUGCACUAUCCCCCGAGACGCCGCUUACUUCAGCUACCAGAACAGGUACCACUUCUGCGAGAAGUGUUUCAACGAGAUCCAGGGAGAGACGGUUUCCUUGGGCGACGACCCCACCCAGCAGCAGACAUCGAUAAACAAGGAACAAUUUGAGAAGAAGAAGAAUGACUCACUGGACCCUGAAUUGCUCGUUGAAUGUACUGACUGCGGCCGCCACAUGCAUCAGAUCUGCGUCCUCCAUCAUGAAACCAUCUGGCCGUCGGGUUUUGUAUGCGACGGCUGCUUGAAGAAGACGAACAAGACCCGGAAGGAGAACAAGUACUCUGCCAAACGGUUACCCCAGACGAAGUUGGGCAGUUACUUGGAGAUGAGAGUGAACGACUUCCUGAAGCGCCAGAGCCACAUGGGCGCCGGAGAGGUCUCCAUCCGCGUCGUCCACGUCUCCGACAAAGUGGCGGAGGUCAUGAAGUCCAGAUUUGUGGACAGUGGAGAGAUGUCCGAGUCUUUUCCGUACAGGACGAAAGCCCUGUUUGCAUUCGAGGACAUCGACGGAGCGGACGUCUGCUUCUUCGGGAUGCACGUCCAGGAGUACGGGUCGGACUGCCCGCAGCCCAACCAGAGGCGAGUAUACAUCUCCUACCUGGACAGCGUCCACUUCUUCCGGCCUCGCGGCAUGAGAACGGCCGUCUACCACGAAGUCCUCAUUGGCUACUUGGAGUAUGUCAGGAAGUUGGGCUACACCACUGGGCACAUCUGGGCCUGCCCGCCCAGUGAAGGGGACGACUACAUCUUCCACUGUCACCCUGCGGAUCAGAAGAUCCCCAAACCCAAACGCCUCCAGGAGUGGUACAAGAGGAUGCUCGACAAAGCCGUGGCGGAGCGCAUAGUGCACGAUUACAAGGACGUCUUCAAGCAGGCGACAGAGGAUCGUCUGACCAGCGCCAACGAGCUGCCGUACUUUGAGGGAGACUUCUGGCCCAAUGUGUUGGAGGAGAGCAUCAAAGAGCUGGAGCAGGAGGAGGAGGAGAGGAAGAGGGAGGAGAACAGCACGUCCAACGAGAGCAUUGAUGACACAAAAGGCGACAGUAAAAAUGCAAAGAAGAAGAACAACAAGAAAACGAGUAAGAACAAGAGCAGCCUGAGCCGAGCCAAUAAGAAGAAGCCGGGGAUGCCCAAUGUGUCCAAUGACCUUUCGCAGAAACUCUAUGCCACUAUGGAAAAACACAAAGAGGUGUUCUUCGUGAUCCGGCUGAUCGCGGCGCCCAUGGCGAACGCGUUGCCCCCCAUCUCGGACCCGGAUCCCCUGAUGGCGUGCGACCUCAUGGACGGCCGCGACGCCUUCCUGACGCUGGCCCGGGACAAGCACCUGGAGUUCAGCUCCCUGCGGAGGUCCAUGUGGAGCUCCAUGUGCAUGCUGGUGGAGCUGCACAACCAAAGCCAGGACCGCUUCGUCUACACCUGCAACGAGUGCAAGCACCACGUGGAGACUCGUUUCCACUGUACCGUCUGCGAGGACUACGACCUCUGCAUCACGUGCUACAACACGAAGGGUCACGUGCACAAGAUGGAGAAGCUCGGCCUCGGUUUGGACGACGAGAGCAGCAACCAGGCCGCCGCCACCACCCAGAGCCCGGGAGACUCUCGCCGCCUCAGCAUCCAGCGCUGCAUCCAGUCGCUCGUCCACGCCUGCCAGUGUCGGAACGCCAACUGCUCCCUGCCGUCCUGCCAGAAGAUGAAGCGCGUCGUCCAGCACACGAAGAGCUGCAAGAGGAAAACCAACGGCGGCUGCCCCAUCUGCAAGCAGCUCAUCGCCCUGUGCUGCUACCACGCCAAGCACUGUCAGGAGAACAAGUGCCCGGUGCCCUUCUGCCUCAACAUCAAGCACAAGCUGCGCCAGCAGCAGCUGCAGCACCGGCUGCAGCAGGCCCAGAUGCUCCGGAGGAGGAUGGCCAGCAUGCAGCGAGUGGGCCAAGCGGCUCCCGGCGGCGCUUCCGGGGGCAACGGCCUGCCUUCCCCGGGAGCCAACAAUGGAGGAACUGCUCCCGGCACCCCGACGUCCAUCGGCACGCAGCCUCCGACUCCACAGACGCCCACCCAGGUGCACAUGCCGAUCCUUCCCCCGCAGCAAGGAGUUGGGAUGGGAACACCGGAGCAGCAGCAGCAGCAAGGUGGUACCAUGCCUCAACACCACAUGCAUCAGUUUCAGACGGUGGGUGGAGCGGGUGGAGGGAGCAUGAUGACCUCUCCUCAGCAGCAAAUGGCGCCUCAGCUGCAGCAGCAAGAACCUCCCAACCUCCAGCAGCAGCAGCAGCAGCCUGGGAGUUUGCCUCCGUACAACCCCAGACUGCCCGGGGCCUCCCCUCUCCAUCAGUCCAUGGGCAAACCGGGUCUGGGUCCAGCCACCCCACCGCAGCAGCAGCCAAACCAGGGCCCCGGGUCCAUGCCUGUUCAAGACCAGCAGCAAGGGCCCCCCCUGGCCGCUGUGGAGACGGCCCUAAAGAUCCAGCGCCUGGCAGAGACCCAGAGGCAGAUGGCUCAGGUCCAGGCUCAAGCCCAGAUACGUGGCUUGGGACAAGGCGGCAUGAUACCCCCGCAUCCCCAUCACCAGAACCCCCAGGCCCAGAUGGGCAUGCCCCACAUUGGGGCCCAGGGCUUACCCCCCCAGGCUCAGGGAGUUGUUGGCAGGACUAUGUCAGACGCCCAGCAACAGGGAAUGCAGCCAGGGGGGCCGCAGUCGCAGCUGCCGCCUCAAGUCCAGCAGCAGCUCCAGCAGGGCGGCGUUGGGCAGCUUCAGCAGGCGAACCAGCAGUGGGGCGCCGGCGGUCCGGCCAUGAACCCGCAACAACGGCCCGGCAUGAUGGGCCACAUGGCACCGCAGCCGGGCGCCGUCCAGCAGCAGCAGAUGAAUCAGCAGCCGCAGCCGGGGAGCCGCGGGCUGAUGCAGGUGAUGGGUGUGGCGGGCGGGGCGGCGGCGGGGGCCCCGAACUCCAUAGCGGCCGCGUCAGGAAGUCUCCCCCAGGCGGCGCUGCAGGACCUCCUGAGGACGCUGCGCUCCCCGAGCUCGCCCCUCCAGCAGCAGCAGGUCCUCAACAUCCUCCGGUCCAACCCGACCCUCAUGGCCGCCUUCAUCAGACAGAGAGCAGCCAGGUAUCAAGGGGGUCAGGGCGGCCCGGGGGGAGGAGCAGGGGGGGGGCCGCCCCAGGGGGGCCCCGGAGGCGUGAGGUUCCAAGGGGCCGCCGGCGUGCUGCCCGGUGUCGGCGGGCCCGGGCCGAACCAACUGGCGGCCAUGGACGGGCAGCAGCAGGUUAAUGUGAGCCAGCCGGGGAUGAGCAUGGCUCAGGGGGGGGCAGGGGGGGGCAACAUGCCCACCAUGGUUCAGCUUCAACAGCAACAACAACAACAACAACGGCCGAUGUUGCCUGGCAAUCUACAACAACAGCAAAUGGCUGCAUUGCAGCAGCAACAACAGCAACAGGGAGCAUUGCAAGCAGGACAACAAGGCAACCUUUCCAAUAUGACUCCGCAGUUCAGAGAGCUGUUCAUGAGAAGACACCUGCAGCAGCAACAGCAACGACAACAACAACAACAACAGAUGGGAAACCACGGGCCGUUCCAGCCACCUCAAGGCCUCCAGCAGCAGCAGCAAGGUUUCAUCCAGCCGGGCCAGCCAGGCAUCGCCCCCUCUUCACAACCCCAACCUGGGGGUGGAGGUGGAGGGGGGGGUCCCCAGCAGCAGCAGGGAGGACCCCAGGGUGGGCCGGGGCCGCUGGUCCAGCAGCAAGGCUACUCCAACUCCAUGUCGCCGGGGGCUGCAGCGCUCCAUCAGCGGCUGCAGCAGCAGCAGCAUCUGGGUGGGGGCUCUCCGGCCCAGCACAGCAGCCCCAUGAGCCCCCAGCAGCAGAUGGUGCAGUCCCCCCACCCCCACCUCCAGGGCCAAGGAGGACUCGGUCCAGCCGGGUCGCUCAGCAGCCAGGUCCGGUCGCCGCAGCCGUCGCCGCGGCCGCAGUCGCAGCCGCCGCAGUCGCAGCCGCCGCACUCCAGCCCGUCGCCGCGCAUGCAGCCCUCGCAGCCGCAGCCCUCGCCGCACCGGAUCUCGCCGCAGACCCAGACUGGCUCGCCCCACCCGGCCCACCCGGGUCACCUCGGUCAACACCCCCCGAGUAUGGCGCUGCCUCCGCAGCAGCAGCAGCCGGGCGGUUCUGGAGACGCCGGUCAGUUCAGCUCGGACCAGAACUCCAUCAUGUCCCAGCUGAUCGGGUUGGCGGGGAUGCACGGUGGGCAGGGGGCACAGUCGGACAUGUUGGGUGGGAACAACAACAACAACAACAACAACCAGGAGCUUGGAACGAACAUUAACCACAACAGUCUGGACCACAUGUAGCCUUGACUCCGUCUCUCUGUCUCGACGCUCUGACCCGUUUUCCCCCAAACGACAAACUGCCAAUGAAACGAGAGCGAGGCGGGACUAACUGCUUUUUUUGGGGGGGCUUUUAGAAGUUUUUAUUUUUUAUUUAAAUAUUUUUGUGAUGUAUAAAUAUGAACUGAAGCUUCCUUCCUAUGGGAGAUGCAACAUAAAUCUUAGAAGUCAAUAAAUGAAUAAAUUAAAAACAAUGGUAAGUUAUUGCUGUUAAUAUAUAUCUAUAUAUUUUUGCCAAUUGUGUACAAAAAAGGUGGAAGGGCAGUGUUUCAGGUUGAAGAUAUUUCUUCCUUGGUCUAUGACACAAUAUUUUUGGGGACUGAUAAUUUUUUGCCUUUUUAUGAAUAUUUUUAAGAUUUUAAAUGUGGCUAAAAAUUAAAAAGUUGACACGAUGUACUUUUUUAAUGUUUUUGUUUCGCCUCAAAAUGCCGUCACGUCAUAAUUGUAUCUAUAAUGCAGAGAGUAAGGAUAUUUUAUUUCGGAAUUUAUUUGUAUUUCCUGUGUUUUUCUUUCCUCUGAUCCUCAUACGAGCGUCAACAUAUCUUCUGUUGCAGGAACACUUUUCACAGCUAAUGUACAUUUUACAGCGACUGCAACAAUUCAUAUAAAUAUAAAUAGAAUUUAUUUUAUAUGAUAGGUGGGGUGGGCGGGUGCGUUAAAUGCAGUUUGAUAAUUCUUUUUUGGACCGGGUUUAUAGGUUGUUAUUAAACCUCACCAGUGUUUUUGGGGGGGGGGGACAGGACACUGACGGGUUUAGUCGGAUUUUUACAAAAACACUGCAAAAAAACAACACAAAGAAAGAAGUCCAGAACCGCAGAACAAAUCCUUUCACCCACGGGCCGCCUCUCCACCCUCCAUGUCCUAUGAAUGUGCUCGCCUUCCUUACCCCCCCCCCCCCCCACGGACAAACUGUUGACAUCCAAUCGCCUCGCUGUUAGAGGCUCAUUGUGCCCCCCCCCUCCUCCUCCUCCUUAUAGCUGGCCAAUAUUAAAAGAUUGCGUGUACAUAUUUUACAACCUUUGUUUAUUAACUGUGACAUUGAGAAGAGGUGGAUUUUAAAGUUGUGUAUUUUGGGCUGCAGAGGUUUAAGGGGACCCCCCCCCCAACGGUUUCCCCUUGAGUACUUUUCUCUUCUGCUUCUGCUCCUCAUCCUCACGCCUCAACCACAAGAUUUAAUUCAAUGUUAGUACUGUACAAAGUAAGAAAAUGGUGGACUUGGAUACUGUUUUUUUUGUAAUGAAAGUAAAAUAUAAAAAAAAACUGUACAUACUUUAAAACCUUUAUGAGCAGAUACAUUAUUUUCUGCUGCUUGUCCCCCCCCCCCCCAUCUCUUGUUUGAUUGGAUAUUUGCUGUAUCUGUAUAAAAAAUAAGAAAAGAAAAAAAACUACAAAAGUACUUCUGAGCUACUGUACAGUAUUGAGAUUCUUUUCUUAAAGGUACAGUGUCGGUCACAAGCACCAAUGCGCCUUUUCCUGUGUAUUUUUGACAAGGUUUUGGGGGGGGGGGGGGUCAAUGCAACACGUCACACACCUGAACAAUCUCAAAACUCGGACGUGAACCUGCACGAUGUUCAGGGCCCGGACGGCUCGAUUUUAGAGGUUUAAAUUUGGUCAUUUAGCUUUUUAAUGGAGGACUGAAGACAAUAUUCUCACGCUCACUAUUUUUCUCAAAAGCUUGGGCUUGGUGGGUAUUUGGGGGGGGGGGGGGGACCAGGUGGCAAUAUAUCUUGAGACUUAUUUUAUAAGAAGAAAAAAAAACAAGGAAAAACUGUCUUUUUUUAUAUAUAGAUAUAUUAUUUAAUUUUAUUUUUUUGGAAAUAAAACUUGAAGCUACAGGAAUUAUUAGAUUUUAAAAAAACAUGUUUGGUUUUGUAUUAAAGAUGUUAUGGUGAUGCAAAAAGACACUGCAGACGGUCAUUCAGUUUGCUGGGGGAGGGGAGGGGGGGCGUGGAGUAUAUUAUACCAUCCCUUUUUUCAGAAGUGUUUCAUGUCCAUGAAUAUAGUUGUAAACUUAUGAAUCACUGUACAAACUGAUGGCAACUGAACAAAUAGUUUUGUUUGAAUCAUUUCUUCUCAAGAGAGACUGGAAAUAAGACUAUUUAAAUAUUUGUUUAGUAUUCAAAUGGAAUCUUUGACCACUUUUCUUUCGUUCCUCUUUAACAGUUUUUGGUGCUUGCUGAGAGAAGGCAAAAAAUAACUAUUGCUCCAUUUUCAUUAGUUUCUUUUUUAAGUUAUUUUGGUGGUCUGAUUGUUUUGUUUUUUUGCCAAUAAAUUAAUUGUACAAUAAAGUAUGUUUGUACCAUUGGAAAAAUA